AUGGCACCCAUCAAGGGUAUUCUUUCUCUGCCGAGAGCAGCUUUAGCUCGUCAUCAUGGUGACAAGUGGGGCCUAGGGUUGAGAUCAUUCAGCACUCAGGGUGCAACAACUGCUACUACUCCUCAACCUCCACCACCUCCCCCACCUCCAGAGAAAACCCAUUUUGGUGGUUUGAAAGAUGAAGACCGAAUUUUUACCAACUUAUAUGGGUUGCAUGACCCAUUUCUCAAAGGUGCCAUGAAACGAGGUGACUGGCACAGAACCAAAGAUAUAGUUAUUAAAGGUGCUGAUUGGAUUGUCAAUGAAAUGAAGAAGUCUGGCCUCCGUGGACGUGGUGGUGCUGGUUUCCCAUCUGGCCUCAAAUGGUCUUUUAUGCCAAAAGUAUCUGAUGGACGUCCUUCCUAUCUUGUUGUCAAUGCUGAUGAAAGUGAACCUGGAACCUGUAAGGACAGGGAAAUUAUGCGCCAUGAUCCACACAAACUUUUAGAGGGUUGCCUGAUUGCUGGCGUCGGGAUGAGGGCCAGUGCUGCUUACAUCUACAUAAGAGGUGAAUAUGUGAAUGAACGGAUCAACCUCGAAAAGGCCAGAAAAGAAGCCUAUGAAGCUGGGUUACUGGGCAAAAAUGCAUGUGGAUCUGGUUAUGAUUUUGAUGUUCAUAUCCACUUUGGUGCUGGUGCUUAUAUUUGUGGUGAAGAAACAGCGCUUCUGGAGAGCCUUGAAGGGAAACAGGGGAAGCCACGAUUGAAGCCUCCUUUCCCUGCUAAUGCAGGGUUAUAUGGCUGCCCCACCACUGUUACAAAUGUGGAAACGGUGGCUGUUUCUCCCACCAUUUUAAGGCGUGGACCAGAGUGGUUUGCCAGUUUUGGGAGAAAGAACAAUGCAGGGACAAAAUUGUUUUGUAUUUCAGGACAUGUGAACAAGCCUUGCACAGUUGAAGAGGAGAUGAGCAUACCCUUGAAAGAGUUAUUAGAGAGGCACUGUGGAGGUGUGAGGGGUGGAUGGGACAACUUGCUUGCAGUAAUUCCAGGUGGUUCUUCUGUUCCACUACUUACCAAGGAUAUAUGUAAUGAUGUAUUGAUGGAUUUUGAUGCCCUGAAGGCUGUCCAGUCAGGAUUGGGGACUGCAGCUGUUAUUGUGAUGGAUAAAUCAACUGACAUUGUGGAUGCAAUUGCGAGGCUUUCUUACUUCUACAAGCACGAGAGUUGUGGGCAGUGCACACCAUGUAGGGAAGGGACAGGAUGGCUUUGGAUGAUCAUGGAAAGAAUGAAAGUUGGGAAUGCAAAGUUGGAAGAGAUUGACAUGCUUCAGGAGGUGACCAAGCAGAUUGAGGGGCACACAAUCUGUGCUUUGGGGGAUGCUGCUGCCUGGCCUGUGCAAGGUCUAAUAAGGCAUUUCAGGCCAGAGCUUGAGAGGAGGAUCAGGGAGCGUGCAGAGCGGGAAUUGCUGGAGGCAGCUGCUUGA